AUGAAUAUCGAAGAUAUAAUAAAAGAAAAUAGUGAGUUGCUUGAUAGACUUCAGAAUGACGAUUAGAAAUCAUCAAUAGAUGUGUAACUAACCCAAAUGAGAGAACAACUCAAUUACUUAUAACAAAUUGAUAUGAAGAGGCAAUUGAAGUAUGAUCAAUUACUAAACCAAUCUGUCAAAUUGCAAUCGCUCUUCAUAGAGUUAAUGAGAUUUGCCAAUGAUUCCAACAUAAGGGGUAAUCAAUUUAAUACAAUUCUUCGUUAAUAUAACGAAUUGUCAUUUCGAUCUCCUGUGGCCAAUGAAAGAUCUCCUUGCAAACCUAGUUCUCCUUUUAAAAAAUAAAAUAAUUAUAUGGCAAUCCAUAAUAAAUUUUGA